GUUAUUCCUCCUCACAGCCAACAUGUUCUCAACAGAGGAUUCCCGACACCACCAACAGCUUCCACCUCCUAUUCCUCCAUCACCAACAUUGUCUAAUCCGGAUAUGAUCCUGCCCUUCGACGAAAACGAGCGCGAAAAUGCAACCCCGUCCCCGCCGUUUAACCUACCAUCGUUAUCCCACUUGCAGUAUUUCUAUGGGAGCCGGACGGAUUAUGCGAAUGAACCUACCUCGGAUCCGACGAGGAGUGGCAUGUCAGGUGGAGCCCCCAGGCCUCAAAAGAAGCCGUUUCCGCGCCGCGCAUGGAUGCAUGAGGGUCAUGAUGCCGCCAGUCGCCGUCUUUCGGACAUUGGAGAGGAAGACACAACGUCGCCGUCACGUCCGGGGUAUACGGGAGCCUCCCAGAUCAUGUCGCAUCGGGAUCGCUCAACGGGCUUGCGAGUCGAAAUGCGUCAGACGGAUGACACCGACCCUACGGAGGCUAGAACGCCCAGUAGCUCGUCGAGCUCGACUCUCAGUGGGGCAAGCGAAACCUCGUCCGGGGACAGGACCAAAGGCAAUCAGGACGGAUACGCGGUGUCGCAGGACAACCCCCAAUUGACCGAGAGCCCUGCAAUGGAGCUGCCGGCCAAUGGCGGACAAUCGAGCAGCCCAAAUGCGGUGACAACUAAGGAGGAAGGGGGUCCUGGUGAGGACCUAUCGUCGGCGAUUCUGAGCAGCGAGGCAGAGCGCAUUCUGGAAAAUGCAAAGAAGAGAUUGACGCUUAUGGAGGGAAACCUUACCCGUGCUCGUACUUCGGUGCGCGCGUCCCCAUCGCCUUCACUGUCGCCCAGUCUGUCCGUCGGUUCGCCGUCAGCGGGGCUGGGUCAGCCUGUCGGGGGUCUUUAUCAGUCAAUAUCUCGCACUGACCGACGAUCAUCGAACCUUCGCCCACGCCAGAUGUAUCCCUCACAGGAGAAGACUAGCAACCGACACUCGCGCGUUUAUAGUGAAACAAACCUGCCAUCUAAUCUGAGCAAUAAUAUUGAGCCUAGUCUGUCCCGGUCCCUCAGCGCCAUGGGCUCUAGUAGUACCUGGAGCUUUCGCAGCGAUGAGAGGUCCUUCCCCUAUGCGCCUACUCGAGCAUAUCUAACGCAUCGGCCGUCGGCUUCAUCGAUGCAACAGCCCCCGAUUUCCAACUCAAUUCCGCCAGCGAUCAGUGAGCGCUCCUCCUCUAGUUCUCCGCAGGGGCUUGGAAUUUCCGAAGAAGACAACGAAAGGACCGCCAGUAUGGAAGAUUUCAACGCAGCCUGCCCGACGAACGACCCUCCGUCCAGAUCCCAGUCUCAGCUGCAGGUGCGAGACCUCCAGGAUCAGAUGAAGGGACUUCACAUCAAGAUUUCGAGUCUCAAGGUCAAGGCGCAGGAAGACAACCUCCGCCGCCGGAGUCUGCAGAGCCUGCGGACCCCAAGCCCUCUGACUGCCGCAACGCACUGGUACGCUAAUCCGCUUGAUCCUACGACGCGCCAUAGCAACUUGCAUCCAAGCUCGGGAUAUCGACCCUCCCCUGAGUCGCCCAGGGGAAGUCAAGACAGCAGCGGCCGUACGUCCAGUAACCAUACGGAGACGACUCUUAUCCUCGAUCCUCCACAAGAUGGCGGGUCUUCCACAACGGACAGCAACAUCUUGCGUCCAUUCGAAUUGGCUGAUCACGACGAUCACUCCGUCGUUGUGAGUCUCUACGAAGAUGCAGAAGAGGGAGAGUACGAUUCUGAAAGCUCGCCGCCUUCCGAUAUUGACCGGGAGGCUUUGGAGGAGAUCCUGCGGGAACCUCUCGACGAGGACUUGGACGGCGCCCUUGAGGCUUUCCCUGCCGUGCCGCGACCGGACGCUACGCCGCACGAGGAGCGGGAGGACGCGUUCGACUACGAGCACUUUAUUCUUCACAGUGCAUUGGGCAACUACUCGCAGGCACGACUACGCCGCCCGAGCAAUGCGUCAGAUACCUCGGUGGAAACCACACGACCAAUCCAGGACCGACACCCUGUGCGCCACUCUCGCUCGGACAGCACCGCGUCUUUGUCCACGGUUGCGAGUUUUGCGACGGCGGCCGAGGGCAAUGACGAUAUUGAGAGUGUUCUUUACUGGGACCGGAAAUUCAACAAGGAAAUGCGUAGUAACUACCGCGAGCCCGACGUGGAGGAUCGGGCGUUGGCCCCAGAUUCAGAUCCGGGCACGCCGCGAGCAUCGCGACACACCCAUGGUGGGAGGCUUGCAGUCUCACAACGCCCGGACUCUGCCGCGACCGGAUCCGCGACCCCAACGUCGCUCGCAUCAUCGCUUGUCUCUACGGUUCGAGCCGCGGCCAGUCCUCACCCGAACUCGGUGAAGAACGGCCAGCUCGGUAUCAACGAAGACGACACGCGACUGCUGGAGCAACUGUUCAAGAGUCUUGGGGAUGUGUGCACGAAUCUGCAGUCCAUAACGACAUCCCCGGAGCCUGACAUGAAACAGGCGCGAGUACUCCGACGACGACUGGAAGGCGCACGACGAGUACUUGACGGGGAGUUGGAUGCAUAA